AUGUUCACUUCUCACCUGCAAUCCAGGAAGCCACUGUCAAAUCCACCUCCGGAACGCCCCCGCAAAGCUUUUCGGCCCCCGCAUCGCCAGAUUGCCUUCCGAAAAGAAUAUAUCGCGACCUCAGAAACACGUCUGGUUCUUAAACCACAAGGCGACGCCCAGUCAGCCGUUUCAUUCAAGAUUAUUGACGAUGAAGACGGUUCUGUGAAGUUCACCGUGAGUGGCAGGAAGUAUGGCAAUCGCGCUUGUCGAGAAUUUCGUGACUCUUCAGGGCUCCCCCUGUUUGAACUUCACCGAAAAGCUCUUUUUACGCAUUCCUGGUUCAUUACAUUGCCCGGAAGCGAUCAUGCGAGUAUAGCGAGAGCUGCUCCAAAAUGGUCCUUUACCCAGGGGUUCGAUGACUUCAGUCUAUCGUUCGAGAAUCAAGCUGCCGUGGACGCGAAAGGACAAGAAGAGAGACGAGUUGAGUUGAAUAUCGAGAGACAUGGCACCAUCCUAGCACUGUAUGAUGUUGUGGACGGAGAUAGGAAGGUGGCGGUAGUGCGGGAAAGUAUACAGCGCAACGAGAUUUUACCUUUUAUGAACUCUCGAUGGCGCAGGUAUAAACCUAUUCUCGAGGUCACCGUGACUUCCGGGGCGGACAUGUCAAUGGCUGCUGCCAUUGCUGUGAUCUUAUCAGAUUGGGUGUUUAAAACAGGUUGGGUAAUCUAG